GCUAGCCUCCACUUAAUAUUAUCUCCGAAACCUUAUCGGACAGAUGUGUGUCGAUGAAGCAAAAUCAAACUGCAAAUUAUUCUUCUCCUCGGCAGCAGGUACUUCCUCAUUAUCUUCACACGCUUGUCCUGCAUUAUGAUCCUCAAACAGGUAGCUUCGGAGCACGCUUUUACCAUUCCAAUCAUUUCUUCGCAGGCACUCGAACCGAGCGGAAAUGGCUGCGAGUCUGCACCUCACCGUUCUAGCUCUUGUAGGGCUUGCUUUGCUGCACUCCGCCAGCACAACCACCGACAACCUGUUUCCACUUUCGAUCAUUCACAUCAACGAUAUCCACGCGCAUUGGGAGGAAAUCGAUACGGCCAGUGUAACCUGUGAUCCGAAGAGUGAGGCAGCUGCAAACCAGUGUCUCGGAGGGUACGCCCGAACAGUUACGAUCGUGAAACAGUUGCUACAGUCCCGUACGAAUCCCGUCUACCUGAACAUCGGCGAUAACUUCCAGGGUACGCUUUGGUACAACAUACACCGUUGGAAUGCGACAGCCUUCUUCCUGAAUCUACUGCCAGCGGAUGCUGUGACCGUUGGAAACCAUGAGUUUGAUGAUGGAAUUGCUGGUGUGGUCCCGUACCUGGAGGCUCUCACAUCACCCGUUCUGCUAGUAAACGUCGACAACUCGAAAGAACCUUCCUUCAGCAAGUUCCGCCCUUCGAUGGUGCUGGAGCGCGGGGGACGCAAAAUAGGACUUAUUGGAGUGAUCCUACGCACCACGUACAACAUGGCGGACACGGGCGCACUAGUGUUCGAAGACGAGGCAGAAACUGUCCGCAAAGAGGCCGAUCGUCUUGCGGCGGAAGGUGUGGACAUUGUGAUCGUCUUAUCGCACUGCGGUCUCGAUGUGGAUCACAUCAUCGCGGCCAAUGCGGGCCCUAACGUAGACCUUAUUGUUGGUGGACAUUCGCACAGCUUCCUGUACACGGGACAAAACGAUAAGAUUCCUAUGACACCUGCUUCCGAGUAUCCGACCGUGGUCAAGCAAGCCGAUGGACAUCGGGUGUUGAUUGUGCAGGCUUCCGCCUACACGAGACUAGUCGGUGACAUUGUGCUGUACUUCGAUGAGCAGGGUAUUGUACAGAGUUGGGACGGAAACCCGAUCUACCUGUCGAACGACAUCGUUCCGGAUGCAGAAAUCAUGGAAGCGAUCGUACCGUGGAAGGUGGCCAUCGAUGAGGUGGGUGGGCGUACGAUUGGUUCGACGGCGAUCGAUCUGCUGAAACCGCCGUGCAACUUUGGUGAGUGUGUGCUGGGCAAUUUGAUUGCCGACUCGAUGGUGGAAGCGUUUGUACCGAUGGCGGCAGAGGGCCAUUGGACGUAUGCUUCGAUCGCAGCGAUCGCCGUUGGCCGUAUUCGACAGAGUCUAGUGCCUGGAGACAUCUCCUUCAAACAUUUAAUCGAAGUGCUUCCGUUCGAGAACCAGCUCAUCUGUUACGAUCUUCGCGGUGAUCAGUUGGUCGGACUCCUUGAGCAUGGUGCCGAGCUGUCUUGGGAUGAGCAUCGGUUCAAUGCAAAGAAUCUGAUGCACGUUUCCGGUCUGCGUAUCGUGUACAACGUCACUAAUCCGAUCGGCUAUCGGGUGCUCUCGGUUGAAGCACGCUGUCAGGAUUGUUCCGAACCGAGCUACGCUCCGGUCGAGAUGUUUAAGAUGUAUCGUGUGAUCACCGUCUCGUAUCUCGCCGAUGGGGGCGAUGGGUUCGAGAUUUUCCCAAGAUACGGAACGAAUAAGGUCGUUGCUCCGGUCGAUGAUGUACAGGCGUUCGAGGAGUACGUGAAGGCGCGAUCACCCGUUGCACCUGUGCUUGAGGAACGCAUUAAAAUCCUCACCUGAAAUCGCCGUGAAAAGAUACGAAAGGAGGAAAAUAAAGAAGCAAUGUCAUGUAUACUAAACUCA